CAAAGUUUGAACAUGACUAAAAAUGGACAAUUAUCUUUGCUGACUAACGACAGGCGAGGUUUCCGCUAAUGACAUGAAUGGCGAAAUGCAAGAAAGUUGUUAAAAAGCUUUUUACUAAGAUAAAGAUGGGAGAGGAGAACAAAAGAAGGACAGUGUGUUCAGGAAGUUUUUGAGUGGGCGGAUGGGGAGGGUGGGGAAGGUUUUGUGACGUUGGUUGUGGGUACUGAGUGGGUGAGGGUGUCUGUUGUCUGGUGGUUGGUUUUUUUUUUUCCUUAUUUUUUCUUACUCCACCAGCAUAAGUGCUAUAUUGUUUUCUGCGUAUUGUUUGUUCUUUUUGCCAACAUUUCUCGAAAAGACACUUGUGCGUGUUCAAUCGAACUCUUGGCCUCUUGCUCAUGGAGCGUUCAUUAACCAUCGACUUGCCUGUCGAACAAGUUGCAAAAGUAGUCAAACGUCACUUGGUGUAUCAACCUUCCCAGUCAUACGAACAAGCGUCGUCUUCCUCGUCUUCGCAAAUUCCUUUACCGCCAUCGCGAAGACAUCACCAUCAUCGAAAGACCAAAAAGAAGGAAGUCCCUUCCGUUUACAGCACACACCAUCUUUUACCGGGAGGAUCGAUUCUAGACGAGAUUUACAAGUGGACCGCUCAAGUCGAGAACAAGCAACAAUGCCGGCAACGCACGCAAUCCGUCUCGCUGCCUGCAGUCAGGGAAGUCGUGACCGACCCUUUGUUACAGUCGCUUAAACAGCCAGGCGGAUUCCGCCGUCAUUAUGUAUUCACCAAAGCCGCCAUGCAAGGAAAGAAACCGCCGAAUUUUGUAACGAAUAGCUUCGUUGAAUUCUUGUGUUUAUAUGGCCAUUUUGGGGGAGAGGAUUUGAGUGACGAUGAAGAAUCGUCCGAUGACGACGAUUAUACAACUUCGGACGAUGAGGGUGACACGGAGGAUGGAUCUCGGAAUAUGCAGGAAAGAAAUGCAAUGAACUAUCGAGCGCCACUGCUCAAUCAAAGCUCGUACUCGUCCUCGUACGGUGGCGUCUCCGAUCACAGUACCUCCGGGUUACCCAUGCCCGCGACUUCCAGUGCCGCCGCUGUCUCACAUCGUCCCUGGAAAUCCUCGGAAGCCAAUCGCAAACGUUUGAAUACGCAUCACGAGCCUCUGCAAUACCGUCACCUUCACGCCAGAGAAUCCAUGCCUCUGUUAUCCCGAUCUCGUCCCGGUCACACAUUGCAAGGGAAAGCGACUCCCGGCAAAGCCAUGUUUCUAUUGUUGAAAUCUUUUGUCACCACAGGAAUCAUGUUUUUGCCCAAAGCAUUCUCCAACGGUGGACUUGUGUUUUCGAUUAUUGCCAUUGUUGCCUGGGCGUUGAUCUCUUUAUGGUCAUUUUUACUGCUGUUGCAGACGCGGCUGGUUGUACCUGCGAGCUUCAGUGACAUGGGCGGAGUUUUAUACGGAUCCAAAAUGAGAACGGCCGUGCUGCUCGCCAUUACCUUGUCACAGAUCGGAUUUGUUUGUGCCUACAUGGUGUUCGUCGCUGAAAACUUGCAAUCGCUCGUAUUGGCUUUUUCCAAGUGUCGUCUGUUGAUCCCCAUGCACCUGCUGAUUUUGGCUCAAAGUUUUGCAUUUAUCCCGCUCGCCAUGAUCCGCAAAAUCCAGCGCUUAUCGGUGUUUGCCCUGAUCGCCGAUGUCUUUAUCGUCAUUGGUCUAUCUUACAUUGUGUUUUACGAUGUCCGGGAAAUGGUUACGGUUGGUAUAGCCGACGUCGCUUGGUGGAAUCCCAAUUAUUUCCCACUCUUUCUGGGUACAGCGGCCUUUACCUUUGAAGGAAUAGGUCUCGUUAUCCCUAUUACCGAGUCGAUGAAGGAACCUCAGCAAUUCCCACGUGUAUUGAGGCGUGCUUUGUUUGUCAUUACAUUAUUGUUUAUAUCCAUGGGGGCCUUAUCAUACCUAACUUUUGGUGACACGCUGGAGACCAUUAUUUUGCUGAACCUGCCCAGCAAAGAUCCCAUGGUUUCUUCCAUUCAAACCCUUUAUUCACUCGCCAUCUGUCUUUCGAUUCCGCUUCAACUGUUUCCUGCUAUCCGUAUCAUGGAGAAUGGAUUGUUCACCACGCGAUCGGGAAAGAAUAAUGCGGUGGUCAAGUGGCAAAAGAACGUGUUCCGCGUCAUUGUGGUGUUUCUGUGCGCCUGGAUCGCCAUUGUGGGGUCCAAAGAUAAGCUUGACAAGUUCGUGUCGCUGAUCGGCGCUCUGUUUUGCAUUCCUUUGUGUUUCAUCUUUCCGCCGCUUUUCCACCUCAGAGCUUUAUGUCUCCCACUUGGUCGCCGCAUUGCCGAUUUUGCAUUGAUUAUUUUUGGCGUCAUUUGUAUGGUGUGGGUGGCAGUGAUGACAUUAAGUAAUUGGAACUCGGGCGAUAUCAUCGAUCCUGUUCGACGUUGUGUCGAUCGACGCUCCUGAUCCAUGCAAAAUUUUAUACCGAGCAUGAUACCUUAUGAAACCCAUAAAACUAAUUCCUAUGGAUAUCUCUUUUUUUUAUGUAAUACCGCCACUCAUUCUAGGAGAGAUGUAUAAUGAGUCUGAUUCUUUCUUACAUUGUAUCGAUUAUCUCAAAUAUUUUAAAAUUCUUGGCAAACUAAAAAACCAGUCGCACGCCAAAAUUUGCGAGCCAAAACCAGUCACAUGGUGUUCCUUUGAUGGAUUUGGCAGCUUUUCGCUUGGUG